CGUACUGCCUGACCUGCGGAUGACUGGUCAUCUUGCGUCCCUUCACAGCUAGCAACAAUCCCCUGCCCACACCCCAUUGUUAAUUUGUGCGACUAGUAUGCUGUCGCGCUUGUCUCAAGCGGCUUCGAGAACGUUGACGUCGACAAUUGAGGUUGGAGUGCGGUGCUCACAGGCGGACAACGACAGAGAGGUUCUGAACUUGAACGUCGAGGAACUCUAUCAACUCGUGUCGCCCAUCCCCCAGCUUGCAUGGAAUAGGGUGUCCGACAUCUGCACGCGUACCGUCGUGCCCGUAUACAAGAUAUUCUCUUCUACCUUGCAAGAUGAUGUGGAACAUCUCGCGCAGCUCUUUGUGGACAUGGAGGUCGCGCUGGCCUCUGAACGGGAGACAGCAUAUUUUGAGCCUGCGGAGCGGGACGUGCUACCCACAAGCUUGAAACGCUGCCAGAGCACGGUAGAUUUAACAGCCCUGCCCUCAAUGCCGUCGCCGCGGCCGCGGGGCAGGCGGCGAAUCUGUGCUAGGGUACAUGACAUCCCAUUGGUGACGACUAAUGACGACCCCUCCAUACCGACCAUUGUCAUUACACCUUGUCCCUCAUUACCGCGGCAGGAUACGUGUCUGAUCCCGUACCAGGAUGCUGCAUUCGGCAACCGGCUGCCCGUCCCGACGCAUCCUGCCCUCAACGACGUCUUCCCGCCCCUUCUGGCCAAGCCAUUCCCACUUGUGGAACGCUGGAGGUACGAAGACGGACACUGGUAUGCACAGCUGCCGCCAGUGCAGGAGCAGAUGUCAAAAGGCAUGUUCUCAAGGCCCCUGUCGACGAGACGGCAGAGGGCCGUCGAGCGCAUGCACCCCUCCCGCGGACGGAAUUGUUACCCACGAAGCAGCCAUAGAGAAGGCUGAAACGUUGGUACAUCCCCGUCGUCGCGAGCAUUACAUAUGGCGAUACGCCGCAUUCCCACCCCUGCAUCAUCUACUUGCAUAUUUCGCAUUCG